AAAAAAAGACCUAUGUGUCACAAGCCAUCCUUUAGUUUUCUUUCAAUCAUGAAAUUUCUCACCUCUAGUAUCAGUGAUACCCAACCAAUCCAAAUAAUGAAUUAGCAUUGUAUAUCCUUUGGCCACCCCAAAAAUGUCUUUAGCGUCAACCGGCCCCACAGUCAUUUAUAGCAAAUAUGUUGCUUGUAGUUUCUUCCAACCUCACUUAUUUAUGGUCUGAACUUUGGCAAUCCGUAUCUAGUUGGAUAAGCUUUAGCUCUACCAUCCUGCAGACACAAACGAAAAUGGUAGCCACCGGCACAAACGAGGUUCCAAGCAUAGCAAAUUAUGACAGAAAAAGUGAAGUAAAAACUUUUGAUGACACAAAGGAAGGUGUUAAAGGCCUUGUUGAUGCUGGGAUAACCAAGGUUCCAAGAAUUUUUCAUCUACCAGUAGAUCAGUAUCCCAUCAACAACACUUGUGAUUCAGAACCCACCAAAACCCAGCUCAGAAUUCCAGUCAUAGACCUGGAAGGCCUUGAAUAUGAUAACAGUCCAACCAAGCGCAAGGAGACUGUUGCCAAAGUUGGAGAGGCAUCAGAGACUUGGGGCUUUUUCCAAAUUGCCAAUCAUGGCAUACCUGUUGAUGUUUUGGAAGAGAUAAAGAAUGGGGUACGUGGUUUUUUUGAGCAAGACACUGAGGUGAAGAAGAAGUAUUACACUCGUGAUCGCUUCAGACCUGUGAUCUACAACAGCAACUUUGAUCUUUAUAGUGCACCGGCAACUAAUUGGCGGGACACUUUUUUGUGUAAUAUGGCUCCUAAUCCUCCUAAGCCAGAAGACUUGCCACAAGUAUGCAGAGACAUACUUGUUGAGUACUCCAAGCAAGUAAUGAAGUUGGGGAAGUUGUUGUUCGAGUUGCUGUCUGAGGCGCUUGGGCUGAAGCCAAGUCACUUGAAUGACAUGGAUUGUAGUUUAGGGCUUCGGAUUCUAGGCCAUUACUAUCCCCCCUGUCCACAGCCAGAGUUAACUUUGGGAUCAAGCAAGCACGCUGACAAUGACUUUAUCACAGUCCUUCUGCAAGAUCAUAUUGGUGGUCUUCAAGUUCUUCAUCAGAACAAGUGGAUUGAUGUACUUCCUGUGCCUGGGGCUCUAGUGGUUAACAUUGGAGAUCUUCUACAGCUUAUAUCAAAUGACAGAUUCAGGAGUGUAGAACACAGGGUAUUGGCAAAUCGUGCCUGUCCAAGAGUAUCUGUUGCGAGUUUCUUUAGCACAGGUUUUUUAGCAUUGCCACGAAUCUAUGGACCCAUUAAGGAGUUGCUAUCAGAAGACAAUCUUCCAAAGUACAGGGAGACAACUGAGAAGGACUUUAAUUCUCACUUCCAUAACAAAGGCCUUGAUGGGACCUCUGCCUUGACUCAUUUCAAGCUCUGAACUUGGAGGCAUAGGAGCAACUGCAAUGAACAAAUGGUGUCUACUUAAUAACUUGGCAUGAAAAUAUUGCUUCAUACACAAUACUAAGUUGAUUUUUUGUUCAUGCCUGAUGCAGGACAUAUAGUCAAAGUUAUGGUUAUAGUACAUUGGUUGUUUAUAAUCUGUUGUGAAAUAUUAUGGCUUUCAAUAGAAGUUGCAAAGGUUUUUAGCUCUUUUUACAAACUUCCAUAUAAUCUCUCUAUUGUGGUUGGAUAAAAAUCUUCAUGUACUGGUAAAAUCAUGCUUGCCAACAAAAGCAGAAUUCUGAGCA